AUGAAAAUACAAUAUACAACCAAAUUUAUAGAUACUCAUAUCAGUGAGAUUUUAAAUGUAAGUUCAGCUUAUAAUUGUCUGGAACUUUGUCGAGAUCAUGGUACCUGUAAAUCAGUUGGAAUCAAAACGAAUUCAAUGGCAUGUUAUUUGUAUGAUGGUCGGGUAUAUGAUGGACUAACUGGUACAAUUAGUUCGGAUAUCAUCUACUAUUGGCAACUAGAACCUGAAUGUCCUACACAUCUUGGAUACGAUGAACAUCCAACCAGUAAAAUAUGUACCAAGUAUAAUUCUACUGAAGUGACGUGGUUAGAAGCACAGAAAAAGUGUGAAGAUGAAGGAGGGUUCUUGUUUAUGGUGGACAACCCAGACAGUCAGCAUCUAAUGACAUCUUACGUCAGUAGUGGAGGUAUACUAACGUUUCUUGGUGCUACAGAUAUAAAUCAAGAAGGUGUAUGGGAAUGGUUCAAUGGUGUACCUAUAAACCAAUCAGCGUUUUUACCGGGCGACCCGAAUAACGCUCUGAACUUAGAACAUUGUAUUAAUUACAUGAUUGACUUACCAGGUGCCAUGACUAAAGAACAAAAUCUCUAUUUAAAACGAUAUAUCUAA